AUGGAAAUUAUUCAGACUGUUUAUCUGAAAUUAGCCUUAAAAGCAGAAGCUUAUCGAGUUGAAGUAAAUAAUGGAUUGAAAUCAGAAUCGGAAACACAAGUCGGAUUGGAACCACAAGUCACCUACUACCACAUGGCAUUUCUGACUCAACUCCUGCUCCGGAAUAGUCUUUAUACGAAAGAUGAGAAUUUGAAUAAGAGAUUCAGUUCGAAGUAUGUAAAAUUCAGGAAAUACUAG